CAAACAGUCGCCGACGGACUGUCAAUCCGCCAGCUCCUCGCCCGCUCGCGCUCGCCCCCCUCCCUGCCGCUCGCUAGCUCAGCAACAUGACUGACUGGGAAGCGGUGGCUCCGGCAAAGCAGCUCCGCUGGCGCAGGCUGGAGGAGCAGGAGGAUUAUUGAAUAACGCAGCUCGACUCUGCUGCGGGGAGUGGAGAGGAGCCCCACAGCCGAAAGGGGCGGGAGGAGGGCAGAGGAGGGGAGCCAGAAAGAAGCCCCGUGCCCCGAAGACAUAAAUCCCCAAGCGCCCGAGAGGAGCCUUAACCAGCGGCGCGGAGCCCUCCAGGCUGCUAAGUUGGCUAUCACAGUGCAGUCCUUGGAGUCCCAAUGGGGGACUCCAGAUCAAGACGAUCUACCCUGGUCUCCCGGUUGCCAAUAUUCAGAAGAAGUAUUAGCAGAAGACAUGACUCUCUUCCUUCUUCACCCUCCUCCAGUAAUACAGUUGGUGUGCACAGUUCCUCUCCUUCCAGCACUAACUCAAGCUCAGGCAGCACAGGUAAACGGAGGAGCAUAUUUCGUACUCCUUCCAUUAGCUUCCACCACAAGAAGGGGGGUGAGCCUAAGCAAGAACCUACCAACCAGAACCUUAGUAUUUCAAAUGGUGCUCAACCUGGUCAUGGCAGUGUGCAAAAGCUGAGUUUGGAAGAACACAUUAAAACCCGGGGGAAACAUUCUGUUGCUUGUAGUGGUUCACGGAAUAAGAAGAUAACAAGAUCUUUGACAGAGGAUUUUGAAAAGGAGCACUCAACCAAUAAGAAUGUUUUCAUAAAUUGCCUAAGUUCUGGAAAAAGUGAGGUGGAUGAUUCUGGAUUCACAGAAGAACCAACUCGCCGUUCUGUUAAGCAGUCAACGAAGAAGCUGCUUACAAAAUCUUUUUCCUCUCACUAUAAAUUUUCUAAGCCAGUUCCACAGAGUCAGUCCAUUUCAUUGGUACAACAGUCUGGAUUCUCAUUGGAAAUUACACAUUACCAAGAGAGAGAACCUGCAUUAGUCAGAGCUUCUCCAUCUUGCUCUAUGGAUGUAACGGAAAGGGCAGGAAGCUCUUUACAAUCUCCAUUGCUCUCUGCUGAUCUUACAACAGUUCAGACACCUUCGGAGUUCUUAGCUUUGACUGAAGAUUCUAUGUCUGAAGCAGACACAUUUCCUAAAAGUGGAAGCAUAGCAUCCCACUGUGGCAACUUUGGUCACAAUGAUUCUACCUCUCAAUUCUCUUCCAAUACUGCUGCUGUUACAAAGACAACAGAGCUUUUAGCAACUGCUCCCUGUGCAAUUAUGUCUCCUGGGAAAUACAGGUUAGAAAGUCGAUAUAGCACUGAAUCUAAUUCCUUACCGGAAACUUCUGCUGCUAAUCAGAAAGAAGUGUUAUUGCAAAUAACUGAAUUAUCUAUGAUGAAUGGAAAAAACUCAGAGACUCACCUAUCAGCAGAUAUGGGAAAAGAAGAACAUAUGGUAUUACAAAAUGGUGAGACAAUGCUGGUGACAAGCUCUCCAAAGAAACUUGGAUUUUAUGAGCAAAAUAAAGCAAUAGCUGAACGUGUUAAAGGGAUUCAUCCUAUUUCAGAUUCAAGGAUAAUACCCUCUUCUGGUGAUCACCAUAUUCUUAACAAAACAUCAUAUGGAUGUGACACAAAUCCUGCCAAAGUUCUUGCCAGUAGCCUCAGUCCAAAUCGUGAAGGAAGAUUCAUAGAGAGGCGGCUGCGAUCUUCAUCAGAAGGAACUGCAGGGAGUAGCAGAAUGAUUUUAAAGCCAAAAGAUGGAAAUGCAGAUGAAAUUAAUAGUCUAAGAAAACAAAGAGCAGGUUCAUCAUCUUCAAAAAUGAACAGCAUGGAUGUUUUGAAUAACUUAGGAUCUUGUGAACUAGAUGAAGAUGAUCUAAUGCUUGAUCUAGAAUUUUUAGAAGAAAAGAAUCUGCAUCCUUCUGUUUGCCGGGAGGACUCAUACCACUCUGUAGUCUCAUGUGCUGCUGUAGUGCUCACUCCCAUGGAACCAACAAUAGAAAUGAAGAAAAGAGAGGAGCUAAAAUUUCCUGAAUCUUCAAAACAGAACCUUUCCCUGAAAUUGACAAAAGACAUUGAUCAGGAAGCCAGAUGUUCCCAUAUCAGUAGAAUGCCCAGCAGCCCCUCCACAGAUUGGUCCUUACAAGGUGUGGAAGAAAAUGGAGGCCUAGACUCCUUGCCAUUCAGACUGAUGUUGCAGGAUUGCACAGCUGUCAAGGCGUUAUUAUUAAAGAUGAAAAGAGUUCUUCAAGAGAGUGCAGAUAUGAGCCCUGCUAGUAGCAGCACUUCACUUCCAGUCAGUCCUCUUACUGAAGAACCAUUGCCUUUCAAGGACAUAAUGAAAGAUGAGUGCUCAGUGCUGAAGCUGCAGCUGAAAGAGAGGGAUGAACUCAUCUCCCAACUUCAGGAAGAGCUGGAAAAAGUUCAGCAUUUGCAGAAGGCUUUUGCUUCAAGAGUAGAUAAAUCUACACAGACUGAACUUCUAGGCUAUGAUGCCCUGUGGAAUCCUACAUGCACUGAAGCUUUACUUAAACCAGUACAUAUUGCAACCUAGGUUAGAU